CUGACCCGAAUCAUGAAGGAGUGUUUUCCGAUUUCUCCCAGCCGUCACACUUUAAAUGACUUUAAAAUACUCCUAAAGACAACUUAAUGGAUUAACAGAGUGAAUUUUAAAAGAUAUAACCUAGUAUAUGUGUAUUUUAAGGACCCUGUGACCGCCGACAUGAACUUUGUGAUGCCUUGGAUAUUCUUACUGUGUUAACCACCUUCAACAUCGACCACAACAACAAUGGAGGAAGAAGGCGAAGUUUCACCGGCAGUUCAAAGUGUUUACUCUGCCGUGAAUGCUCUGAAAGGACCAAACCAAGACCUGAAGAAACUUCUGUCUUUUAAGGUUUACAAGAGGAGAUGGUUUGUCCUGCUGGUGCUGUGUCUGUUAAACUGCUCCAACGCGACGCUAUGGCUGACUUUCGCUCCAGUAGCCGCCCAGUCUGCCCAGUAUCUGAACGUGUCUCUGGGGGACAUCAACUGGUUGUCACUGGUCUUCAUGGUGGUGGCCGUACCGCUCAGUCUGGGAACCACGUGGAUGCUGGACACCCUCGGGCUACGGAUCACGUUGAUUCUGGGGUCCUGGCUGAACAUGUUUGGAGCUCUGCUGCGUUUCUGCGGGACCCCACCAGGUGAGGGAUUUACGAUCCGGUACCCCAUAGUGAUGUUUGGUCAGACCCUGGCUGCCUUGGCUCAGCCCCUGAUUAUCUUCACCCCCACCAAGCUGGCAGCUAUCUGGUUCCCCGACAACCAGCGUGCCACUGCGAACACCAUCGCCUCCAUGUCCAAUCCCCUGGGCAUCCUCCUGGCAAACAUCAUCUCUCCCAUGAUCGCUCAAACAUCUGCACAAAUCCCAUCCCUGCUUCUGGCCUAUGCAGUCCCGGCAUGCAUCAUCUGUUUCCUAGCAACAGUGGGGCUACGGAGCAGCACCCCACCAACGCCGCCGUCAGCCAGCGCUGAGGCAUCCAGCUCUGAGCCGUUUGUACAGGGGCUCAAACUGUUGAUGAAAAACAAAGCCUACCUCCUCUUGCUGCUGUGCUUCGGUGCCGGCAUGGCUGUUUUCAGCUGCUUCGCCACCCUGCUGGAGCAGAUCAUGUGUGUGCAAGGAUACACCAACGACUUUGCCGGUUUAUGCGGCGCCCUCUUCAUCGUGUUCGGCAUCCUGGGCGCUGGGAUUCUGGGUCUGUACGUGGACAAGACCAAGAACUUCAUCGAAGUCACAAAGAUCAACUUGAGCCUCACUACUCUGGCCUGCAUCGCCUUCUCAGUGGUGUCUCUGAUGCGGGAUCAGAAAAUCGCCAUCGCUGCCGUCUGCUCUCUUUUUGGCCUCUUUGGUUACGCCAUUUACCCCGUGGCCAUGGAGCUCUCUGUGGAGUGUUCGUACCCCGUGGGAGAGGCGACAUCAGCUGGACUCCUUUUUAUAUCGGGGCAGGUUCAGUCUGUUCUCUUCAUAAUCCUCCUUCAGGCUUUGACCACACGGCUCGUAGACUCUCCUCUGUCGACGUGCGGGAGAGACGUCCUGAGCUGGAGGGUGCCGCUGAUGGUGAUGGCCGGUCUGUUCACUUUCUUCACCUGCAUCUUCGUGAUUUUCUUCAACACUCGGUACAAACGUCUGGAUGCCGAGGAAGAAGCGACGAACGGGACGAGACCGGGCAGCGGCUCGACGACCACCGAGCACUCCCUGAGUAUAAACACUUGAACCUCCUGAGAGGUUACAGACCCGCAGCUCGGGGAAACUUGUGGGCAUUUAUGUUAACCUGAGAUCCAGAGAAAGUUCCUGUCCAAGACAUUCCUGUUCUCACUGAUUCUUUUGGGUGAUGUCAGGGCCAAAGGGUACUUUUUUUUUUUUUGUACUUUGAUUUACAAAAACAGAUUGUAAUUUAAUUUAGUCGCUACCAACAGACGCUUUCAAUUUCUAAAAUUAGGAAAACAAAGCACUUCACACAAAAACAGGGACUGUAGUGAGAUAACUCUGUGGAAAUGAUAGUUUCAUGGCCUCUUUGGAAAGUGAUCUGUUUUCAUUAGAAGUCCAGGUCAACUGGGGAAGUGAAAAGUUAGCGUUCCUGUACUGAUCAUGUGUUUUAGAUGAUGUUUGGUUAAUUUCUUACAAAACAAACCUUGUACCUUUUACUGACACAAUGGGAGAGAGAUUUAUACCAAAAAUGAAUACAGUCUGGGUAUUUUUCAGCCAAUGACAGAGAAGUGUCUGUAUUCACUUCCUCUUUAAAUGGAUGUAAUCAGUUCUAAUCUACUGAUGCCUCUUUGUUUUGUUUGGGACUUGUAGUCCCUCUAGUGGACGGUUGUCAGAGUCUGUUAGCGACUUUGAUGUCUUGCCUUUUCUCUGCAAAUGAGCCGAGAGGAACUGUUGUUUUUGAGGACUGACCUCUAAACCACAAGUGUUUCCUGAUGAUGUUUUUCAUCCACUGACACAUGCUCUGCCAUCAGACUGCACUGAAGCUGCUUGAAAUGAAUCAAUGACGCUGACAUUUAAAGGCAGAACGGAAACUAAAGAGAAGGUUCAGAAAACGGUUACAAAUAUUUGAGAUGACGUUUGAAAUAGAUACGACCGACAUUCCUGGAACAGUAGUUACUUCUCUUACCAGACCUGCUUCUAUAACUCGUUAUUUUUUAACGAAUCAUUUGCCAACUGUUUUGAUAACUGAAUGUUCCAUUUUCCGCUUCUUAAACAUGAAUGUUUCGCUUUUAGGAUUAUCAGCAGCUGCUAAGGCUGGAUUUCCUGGUUCGGUUUAAAGAUGACACCUUUGAAAUUCUCUGUUACAGUGGUAUGAAAAUGAGUUCAAUGUUACAGAAACUAUCAACAAACACUGCUCUUAUCUUCAGUAUUCAAAUAUUAAAUCAGUCAUCUCUACAGUUUGGCUUCAUGGGGCAAAGUUUAACAUCUGUUUCUUACCGUACUAUACUACUACCACUGAAAGAACCUGCUUCUUUUAAACAAUAACAAGCACAUUUAGGUUGUUUUCAUGAGAUUUUGACUUAUUUAUCUUGUUGGGAGUCUUUAUGAACGAGGUGAUUUCAGUAAUUUUCUCAAAAUAUGGAGACAUUACCUCGUUAUCAUGGGAAAACUAUUAUCCUGAGAGAAUGACGUAAAGGAGUCAAGAAUGACUCUCUGCCUCAGAAAGGUGGAGUAAAAUAAAAUGUAAUGUCUUCCUGUCUGCUUUGGGUUCCAUUUAAAUACACUGACGUUAUACAAAUGAUUGACUGAUUAAUAACAUACACUCAAAAAACUUCAGUCAGUUUCUCAAAAUCAAGGAUUUCACACAACUGUGAAAUCAGUCUUUUCUAACGUAUAAAAAAAAAAAUUCAUGAGUUGUUAAACCAAUCAGAACAAACCUGAUGUACCACUAAUAUUUUUCAACGUUAACGUUUGUUAAUCUUGUAAAGAAAAUCCGUUGUAACCUGUUGCUAUGAACUCUAAAUAUGUUUCAGAUAUUCUGCAGGUUUAAAGAUGUCAAAGCAUUACAGUGUGACGUGUGGGUUUUUAUGCAACAAAGACGAGAAAUCCAUCGACAAACUGUGGAGUGCCUGACGAUGCAAAACACAAAACAUAUAGGAUGUAAAUGUUUCCAGGUGAACCAACGUUGUGAUUCCCUAUUUUAACCACUAACUCCAUUCAAUCACUCUUUGAUGAAUAUGUUGUGAUUACAUGUACGGUAAUUUGUGUGUACUUUUUCCACUGACCAAAACCUAUUCCAGUGUUUUUUGUAUUUCCUAAAGAGCACACGAGGGGGUAAAGAUUUUUUUUUUUAAAAGACUCAGGCUGACUGUACUACUUUAAAACUGGGACAUCAUCCUUUUCCAAAUGAUUUGUUCGAAUACCUUGAUUUGUUACAUUUUGUGAAUAAAAUGUUACCUCAA